AGGGACGAAUCUGGAUUAGGCAAGGGUUGGGGGGACAAGGGGAGUGCCUGGUCUCCCAAGGCGGGUAGGCCAAAUGGCUGUUCGCCUCGCGUUGCGUGUUCCUGCUAACCGGCUGCGGCGAAGAGGUGUAGUGCUGGGUCUAAGCCCCGUUAGUGCAGCGGGGCGGGCGGGCUUCCUGGAAGACCGCUCUGCGUCAGAUUAGGCGACUAGUCCGCACUACUUGGAGGUGUGAAGCAGGGGGCGGGCGAUUAUUUAAGCGUAGCGUAGUUGACGGCGACGGAGUCCCGGCGGGGAGGAAAGAUGGAUUGAAGCACCACUGGGAACAGUCGCGUCUGGAGGUGGCGAAUUGAGGCCGGAGAUUGUCACGGCGUGGAUGGUCUCUCCCUCCUCCCCCCCCGUUCUGUUGAAACUGGAUGAAGAAAAAGAAUGGAUAUGGGUAACCAACAUCCAUCUAUCAAAAGGCUGCAAGAAAUACAAAAAGAAGUCAAAGAGUUUGAAUCUCAAGUAGUAGCCUUCAGUGGUUUGUCCAGUGAUAGAGCUUACAAGAAAUUAGAAAGGACUUUGACUAAACAGCUUUUUGAAAUCGAUUCUGUGGAUGCUGAAGGAAGAGGUGAUGUUCAGCAAGCCAGAAAGAGGGCUGCCCAAGAAACUGAGAAACUGCUUAAGGAACUGGAGCAGAAUGCAAACCAUCCCCAAAGGCUGGAGAUAGAAUCCAUAUUUAACGAGGCACAGGCAUUGGUGGAACAGGAAAUCACUGCUUUUUAUAAAGGAGGCAACUGUGUAACUGAGGAAUUUGAAGAAGGUUUACAGGAUAUAAUAUUUAGACUCACUCAGGUAAAAACUGGAGGGAAAAUUUCUCUGCGGAAAGCCAGAUAUCGCACCCUGACCAAAAUAUGUGCUGUUCAAGAAAUUAUAAGUCGUUGUACAAAGCAGCAGCCUUCCCUGCCAUUGUCCAGUGAUGCACAUCCUUCUGUUUCCAAAAUUAAUUCUGUCAUAGGAGAUGUGAACAAAGCAAAAGGGACUCUUAUUGCUGUAUUAAUGGGAGUAAAUAACAAUGAGACCUGCAGACAUUUAUCCUGUGUACUCACAGGUCUGAUUGCUGAUCUGGAUGCCUUAGAUGUAUGUGGCCACCCAGAAAUAAGGAACUAUCGUAAAGAAGUAGUGGAAGAGAUCAAUAGAUUGCAAACAUAUCUGGAUCUGGAAGAAGAAGCAGAUUCCACUUAUGCUUAUGACUUGGCACAAAAUGGAUCCAUUAUAAAAAUAGAAGAAAUACGCCAGAACAUGAAAGAAGUUAAAGCUUCCCUUUUAAAAAUAGAGAAAGCUUCAGAUUUGUAUUUAAAGUCAAAGACAGAGCUGCAGGGAUUAAUCGCCCAGUUGGAUGAAAUAAGCCCAGGCAACAAUCCCUGCAUCCGAGAAGCCAGGAGGCGAGCUGUGAUAGAAGUGCAAACCCUCAUAACUUAUACUGACUUAAAGGAGGCACUUCUUAAACAACAAACUUUUGUAGAGCAAACAGAAAUGGAAAUCCCGUCACAAAAAGCAAUCUGGAAUAUUCUUGGAAAUGUGGCUCAGAUUCAACAAGAGGUGUUGUCUUUUGAUGGGAACAGAACUGAUAAGAACUACAUGCGGCUAGAGGAGCUCCUCACCAAACAGCUUCUAGCACUUGAUGCUAUAGAUCCUCAAGGAGAUGAGUGUUCAAAAGUAUCCAGAAAACAGGCAGUGAAGCUUGCACAGAACAUUCUUUACUAUUUGGACAUGAAAACUGAUGAAUGGGAGUACUAAAAUAAUAUUGGUCUUAUGUGCUAGAUGUUGGUUUCUCUCUUGCACUUUAUAACAGUCAGUCUCCCAUAACUACAAGACUAACGGUUCCAUCAUUUGCUCAUCUCUUUGAGGUUGAGUAAAAGUUGGAUUGGGUUAAGCAGCAACUUUUUUCCUGCUUGUGCAAUCAGGCAGUGAAGGCAGUCCAUGUACCAAUUAUGUUACAAUUUUUGUCAUAGCCUGUUUUCAGUUGCUUGCAUGAUUUGUGAAGAUGACUCCCAAAACUGCAUCUCCAGCUGUUACCUAAAGCUUUCUAUAUAAAAUUCUACAUCAAGACAAAAUACAGUCUUGCAAAAUCAAAGUAAAACUAAUGAGAAAAUCCAGAGCAAAUGUCAGUCAGCCUUAAACCAGUUUAGAUAUUUGCAGUUGACUGCUUCAAUCCAGGUGCAAUCCAAAGGAUUAAAUGCAAAUUACUCAUGGCUGUUUUGUGUGUUUGAUUUAAUAUUGCUGAUCUUUCAUCUGAGAUUUUUUUAAUAGUUUGGCAUAAUAUGAAACAUGAACAUAUCUGAAAUAUAAAUUUGUAAUUGUGUACUUUCUUCUGACUUCCAUAGGAUUAUUUCAAAAUUAACAGACAGUCAAUCAGUUUGCACAUUCUGGAGUUCUCAUUAUGUAAACUAGAGGAACACCAGGAUAUAGAAAUGGUUCGACUUUAAAAAUAGAAUGCAUAGCAUAGGUUGAACAAUAUAUAUUUCCUGAAUUAUGGUGAAGUUUUCAGUAACCAAACAAUGAUCCUGAAUUUGGGAUCUUAAUAGCUGUGGAGAUAUUUUCCUUUAAUUUUGUGGUGAUUUGGUAGAUAUUUGGCAACUUGUCAAAUAUUCCUUUGCAUUUUUUUGAUAGAUUCAUCAUUUCUUUUUGCAGACUGUUACUUUUUCUAAGAUUUCAUGUGCUGCUGUUAUAGCUUAGAGUGUUGUUUAAAAUUUUCUUUUUCCAAAUGCUGUUUAUGAUUUAAUAAGACAGCAGAUAUUUCUUUUGACUUUUUUAUCUUUCAAUCCAUCAGAAUGACUAAACAUUUCAGAAAACAGAAUUUAAAAAGUAGAAGCAUUGUUAUAUAUUACUUUAACUAUCUUGAAUAGGUUACAUGUACUAUUCCUGAGUAUAAAAGAAAAAGUUGCUUUAGUUUUUUAACAUUUUGUCCUCCACAUCUUUUUGUCUUCACUAAAGUUUCAUAAUUUAUUAACAGUAUCUGAUAAUAUUUCUGAAUACACCAAACCUAAGUCAGUUUAACUAUAAUUUUUCCCUGUUGCUUAUAAAUUCGGAAUAGGAGAAAUCAACAGCAAUCAUAUUUUUAAAAUGCAUUAGUAGUAUCAUCCAGAAAUCUGCAGUCGAUUAAUAUAUAGAAUAACAUGUUUCUAAUCCAAACUCCAUAUAGUAAUCAAAAUUGGCUUGUAGAAGAUUAUUUAUACAAUACAUGAUUAAUGCAUGAUGAGAUAUUACAUUGAUGUGUGUGAAUAAAAUUUUAGUAUAGAAUUAAAAGGCAUAAGGCUUAUUCUUGAGAAACAAGUGCCUCUUAAAUGACCUUUCAAUUUGUAGCACCUUGUAGCUUUUACUGCUGUAGUUGACUUCAUGGUGUUUUUCAGUGAAGUUUUUUCUGUAUUAUGGAUUAGUUAUCAUUUUUCAUAUUUGUAAGGCUCUACUAUGAUAUUAGCAAACGCCUAAAACCUUGAUGACUGCAACCUCCAUUUUGCUUAGUUUUGUCCUUGACCUAGUCUCAUUGGCUCAAUUCUCUGAUCUCUUGUGUGUGUCAUUUCUGUGAGACGUAAAAAAGGAGUAGUGGCUCAAUUUACUUUAAAAUUAAUUUUGAUCUUGUACAAUGUUUUUUUAAAGCUUGAUGUAUUUUUGUUGUCCUGAUAUUUUGGUGUAUCUUUGUCAAUGAACAGUUAAUAGAGUCCACAAUGAACUAAUAAGCAUUUGAGUAGCUUCAUCAUCAGUGACUUCAUUUAGUCCCUUUUCUUAUUGUUUAAAAUGAUUAAUUUUACCUGCUUGUAACUGUUCUAGUUUGGGUCCUUAGUAAAUUGUCUAGCGUAUUUCAUUAAGAUAUUUUCACUUUCAUUGAAAGUUUUCAUUCUAGUUACAUGGUUUUGAUUCCCAACUCUGCAUAUGUAAAGUUUCCACAUGAUUUGGAUUCCCCAUUAAUAUAACUUUCAAAACAAUAAUACAAGUGUUUUUCUUCUAGUCUCUUUUUCCCUAUAUAGGACUUCAACUUCCAUGUGGAAGCCAUUGCUUAUCUGAGUACUCUGAAAUGAGAUGGCAGAUUAGACAUGUAUUUUUAGGGAACAAAUAAGUAAUUGGUUGUGUAUCUACUGUGUAUCCCUCAGCUCACAGAAAACUCUUCACCAGAAGAUACUUUUGUAAAAGAAAGAGAAAGAUGAUUACUGCUGAUUCUCCUCUCUCUUUACCUCCUUGGUUUCCAUAAAAUAAGCUCCAAUGUUUAGGGAGCAGCAUUAAAUGUGGUGUUGGCAGUUGUAGCAAAAAGAAAGUUUAUAUUUGGAUUUAGUUUUUACGCUGUUUAUGCUUCAGACACAGAUUCUUAAUGUUGGUUACUAGUUAUUAGCAACUUGCAUGAAAAAAAAUCUUCAGUAAAUUCCAACAACUGUAGUAGAAGAGGAGAAAGUUCUUCAUUCCCAUGCAGUUCUGAAGAAGUCAAGCAAUGAUUUGGGGAACUUUCUAGAAUCACAUAGUGAUUUAUGAUUUAAAAAGAAUAGAAAACUGUAAAAACAGUUCAGAACUCUUUCCCUGAUGCAACUGAAGGCCAUUCUGUUUUGCACCACAUACAUCUGAUGUUUUUUGUUAUUUUAACUUUAAAUUUUUCUAUUAACUUUUUGCUCAUAUUUUACAUGUAACUGCAAUGCUAUUGUUCUAAACUUCAACAUGUAGGCUUCUAGUACACAGAGACGUUCUUAAGGUUCUCAUAACUCUUGUAUCUUGUAAAAGGUGCAAGUUUUAGAGAGAAAGUGUAAUAAAAUUACAGUAAUAUUGUAGUAAAAGCAUAAUUUCCCAUUUUUCUAUUUAAAAAUAAUCUCUAGCAAAUUUGUGCUUUGCUGAUCUAUAUUUUAAAGUUACUUGGUGUAACUAUAGAACUGAUUUUUGCAUGAAUAAAUAUGAUAAAUAUGAUAAACCAAAAUGAAACAUUACAAAUUUGUUUUGCACUUUUAAGAAUAUUCUUUUUUUACUUAAGAUGCAAGUAGGUUACAGCACAUAUUUUCCAUUGCAAUGAUUUAACAGUCUAUUCUGCAGUUCUGCAUUGGACCAGAUUGGAGGAUUUUUUUAAUAUAAGGCUUUUGCGCAGUGCAAUAGUAUUUAGGGUAAGAAACAUGUAAUUCUAUUCAAAUACAUCAUGAUUUUGAUUGUAUUGCUUUAGAUAUUCUGUUGCUCUAAAAAGACUUCUGAUAGCUUUCUGAUGUUUUUGCUAGCAAACAUGAAACAAUUUUGUUUUGAACAGUUUGAAAUUAACUAUUCCAAUAUGAUUGGCAAACCAUUGUAAUCAGCUUCUAUAAUUAAGCUUUCUCUGGGCACUAGAUCUGUAGUUGGUACAUAUUCUGUUGUAUGUUAAAUUUGAGAACAAGCUACCACAUGGCUGGAGCUUGCUGUUUUUUGAUUAAGUGUAUCAUCUCAUGUUUAUGUAUUGCACUGUUCAGUAUAUACAGAUUCAGAAAUCAAUAAAUUAUCUGGAUGUUGCUUUCUUGACAA